AUGGGCUUUGGUCAUAUUGGUGGCCGUGAUUGUACAAAUUCGGAUGUUUCGGCGUUCCUUGUACGUAUUUGUUCGACCAUUAAACGCUUUACCAAACAAUUGCCGGCAUGCUCCAAUCUUUCCUCUAACUCGUUGGAUAAGGCGAUGUCUGAUUGGCUACCAGGAGUAUCGCAGUUAAAAUCGGCGAUUCAGUUGUUAUGUGGUGAUGCAGAAGGUGCUAAGAAAACUCAAGAAAACUUUUCUAGACAAUGCCCCGUGGUAUCACAACUACGGUCUACGAUUGAAUUAGCUAACGGCGAUGCAACUGCUGCUCUUCAGACUCAAAAGGAAUUUUUAGCAACAGUCAAUGAAGUUGCGAAUCAAGUCCCGAUUGUAGGACAUGUGAAAGGUAUGGUGCAUUAUGCAAUGGGUGAUAAUGAUGGUGGAGAUAAUGCUAUGAAGUCGUCGUCUCGGACAGUGGGUGUAUUGGCCGGUGGUGCUGGAGGGGGUUUUGUUGGUGGGCCUGUUGGAGCUAUAGUGGGUGGAAUUAAAGGCGGCCUUAUAAUGGAUGGUGUAACUACCGCAGUUGAUUCACGAAUUCAUGGUCACUACAGGCCCACAGGCUAUAUUGAACAGUUUCAUGAGAUAAAAAAAGACCCAACAAAUUCUGGUUUAUGGUUUGAUACUGCUGUUUCUGGAGUUUUAGAUGGAUGGACUGGUCUUGGAGAACAUGCUAAUAAUUCGACAAAACUUAAAGAUAAAAGAAAUAAGGUUAUUUAUCAAUCACCACCGAUCUCAGAAGAGCCGAGAGAAAUUAAAUCCAAUUUGUACAAUCGUAAAUUCACAGGAUCUGAUUCUAUUACUGAUGUCAAAAUCGACGAUGAUACUGAUAAUAUUGCUGCUAGUAUUGUUGGUAUUGGUACAGGUGCUGUAGCUGUCCUUGCUUUGAACAAAUAA